GAGUCCGAGACCGGUAAAAACGUAGGUGCAACCUUUCUGCACAUUCUCAAGCCAGAAGUCACUCCGCAUGGCAACCAGAUGAACGACGUCAUGCUCUACACCGUGGCGCCUUUGGGUAAUGCAUCCGACAGCGCGUAUAAUCUGGCUUAUAAGGCUACGAUGCUGGGCAUUGUGGGAGCAGUCUCCGAGUACAACAGAACGCCUCGGGGGGAAGUGAAACCAGUGGAGGCGAUUCGACUUCCCCUGUUGGGAGCCGGGCACUUUAGGGGACAUCGCAGCCUUGAUUCCAUUGGGAGGGCGAACGCUGCAGCGGUCGAAGCGGCCAUCACGCGUUUUGACCCGCGCGUCGAAUUGCAGUUUAUGUACGAGCCUAGCGACGCAGCCUUCCAUGGCUUGAUGGAAUCUGAAAGGACGUACAAGUCUCAUCAACGAGACUGACGCGCCUGGAAUCCACUGUGGACCAGAACAGGUUCCUAGCAUAAUCGAACGUGUCUGCGAGCUCAUUCCUCGCCACGACCUGAAUAGUGACAGGUGACGCUUACGACACGGGCAUUUUAGGAACCUCUAUGCAUGGCAGUGUUAUUCCUUGGCCGGGUUGUACACUCUCAGGGGACCCUUCUCUCCCCGUGCAUAACCAAAAGCCAGUGAGGCAUCAAAUUUCAAUCUGGACUUCCGCUUUCAUGUCCCGAAACGUGGUUUCAUGUGCUUAUGUUCCGGCUCUUAAGGUUAAACUCACCCUUCUGGUGAACAGGUUCCUCGGUCAUCUGCGUACAACGCGGACAUUUGCAGCCUGCAAGACAGCGAACAUUGGAAAUAUGGUCCAGUGCUGUUGUCAUACUAGCGCUCUGGCAUGGUGCCCGCCAGGCUUAAUUUUUUUGUGAAGAGUGUUUAUUUCUCUUCCAAUGUCUCUUUGCACAGCGUAUGGCUGAGCAUGCACUCACUUUCCAGUCGUGGAUUGCAAAGCACAGGCCGCAGACACUGUCACACAGCCAUACGAAUCUGAGCGUGUUCCGGGUUAAACAUAUAAGCAAGCGCUCUACCGUGCUGUUUUCUACUCCGUGGACAAAUGGAGUGCUCCCAGAUGAAGGGAUACGAACAACUCGCUUAUUAAGUCAUUUAUCCCAAGGGAAAUCAUGUGGAAAAGGCCUCUCAUAAUCCGCUCCCACAUUCACCAGUGGAGCCACAUCCCACCAGACAGGAAUUUCCAAGAGCAUGGCGCGAGACUGCUUUUGUUCAGUACGGGAAUCGCGUCCGUCAGCCAGCCGAUACGUGCGAGAAGGACUGUGGCUUCUGCACCGGAGGAACUCUGUUCGAUGCUUUUUUCUGCGGUCGCUGUUUUGGGGUUCAGAACAGUAUACAGGAACUCAUGUCGCCGCAUGGGCUGUCGCGAGGUCUCGACCACUCACAAACUGACUCCACACUGACAGAAAAGAGGAAGCAUUCCAGAAUGUGUUGUAUAUAUUCCGUAGUGUACAUAAGCUAGAUGACGGGAAUUGCGAAGCCUGUGCGUCUUGAUUCGAGCGGCGCUAGCGUCCUUGUGGGACCAGACGAUUUCAGUGCUUUGACUUGAGAACAUUUUACCCAAACUACGACAAGCAACGAGCUGGCCAGCUUUGCUGCCUCAGAAGGCACCCAGUAUGGUCCAAUAAACGCGGGCUGUUAUAGAGGAUCGUCCUCCUUGAUGCGAACCAACGCAAAGCUGUGAUCUGACGUGUGCGUCGCGAACUGUGUCUGCUACUGGGUUGCCGCCAGAGGCGUGGACAUGGGGGCGCCGAAGGCCCCCCGACGUUGUUUGUCCAUGUUUGUUUCACUACUAGUUUUGUCUUGCGAGUUUCAUGAGGAACGAUGAUUGUAUCUUUGGCCUCGUCAGUGUUUCAUAUGUUGUCACGACUCGCGUUGUAGGGCUUGCUGUGGUAGCAUACUCG